AGGUAUAAAGCAGAGGUAACAACAUCCCCAGAUCAGCUUAGUUCUUGUCAAUCAAAUUGGUUGGAUCAACUUGAGACGAGCCUUUGAACUUGAAAUCGGCUAUGGCUGCCUCAAGCCAUGAAAUGUGGCCCAGGAACAAAGCGAUCAAGACUGGCCCCAGGGACUUACCGGCACCAGUGAAGAUGGAGGAUCUAACCCUGGACCCAGACACGGCCCAUCCUCUGCUGGAGAUCCCAGCGGACGGGAAGGAGGUGAGAUGUGGGAGUUUUAUGAAGACCGUCAGCUCCAACCCAAGGCGAUUUGACACAGCCAGCUGUGUAGUGGCCCAUCAGAGCUUCAGCGCAGGGCAGCACUACUGGGAGGUGCUCGUGGGCCAGAAGCCGCGCUGGAACCUGGGCGUCGUCUUGGAGCGAGCGGAGAGACGGGGCAGAUUGAUCCAGAUGAAAUCCUUAUGGCCGGGGUCUGGUGAGGUCUGCGCUGAGGGCUACUGGCUCAUCGGCUAUGACCGACAGAAGGCCGGGAAGCCAUACUGGGCGUUUGACACCAACUCGAUGGCCUUUGACUGCAGCCCCCACCCUGAGACCAUCGGGGUCUAUCUUGAUUACACAGACAGGGAAGUGACCUUCUACAACGCCGAUGACCCCAGUAAUUUGACCCCCCUGUACUCCUUCUAUCACGCUGCCUUCGACACCCCUGUCUACCCCGUCUUCAACCCCUGCUGGCAUGACAAUGGGAGCAACACCCAGCCCCUUAAAAUCCUGUGAGUGGCUGAUUCGCUAGUGUUGGUGGGGACCAAAGCAACCCCAGCCUUGGGGCUACUAGCUUAUAUCUCGGGCUAGCCAGCUUCCCAGCACUGCUCUGAGAGCUGCACUAACCCCGCCCAGCAACCAGGCAAAGCCGGCACGUUUAACUCAGGCCUGG